AUGCCUGUCCAGCCAGUUCACCUGCUGCGAGCCCUUCUGCGCGAAGCCUCGUACCUGCCCGAUGCGACUGCCCGUAGCUACUUCCGCCGGUACAUUGUCCACCGAUAUAAAGCCUACCAGCCCAGGCAGAACGCGACUGCUUCCUUCGAUGUCCACGCCGUGGACAAAUACAGGCACAGGAGCUUCAAGAGGCGCCAGACAGCCAUCAUAAAUGAGCGCACACGACCACUGCUGAGGAGAGGAGUGAAGGGCCUGAAUUUCCUGCGCCGGGCCAACCAGGGCGAGAUACCAUGUCUGCAAAAGGUCUUGUUCUUCGCCUACGGUCGCAUGGGAAGGCGGAAGUAUGCCCUGCUAGAGAACAUACUGAAGCCUGACCGUAUCAUGGACGGUGGUGCAAUCGCGGCGUCAAACGAAGCAGGUCCGGCGCCCCUGCAGAAGCUCUACUACAGCAACAAACGCUACCUCCAGUACUUCGAUGCGCCCAAAGCUGCUGACAAGACGCAUCACACCAUCAAAAUCUCCAGUCGCUAUUCUCGGUUGCGUGCCGUCCUCAGGACGCAGCAGGAGAAGGCCAUCUCCAUUAACCGGGAGCUCAAGAGUUCAGCCAUGAAGACGCCCAUCAACAAUUCGUGGGAGCGACCUAUGCCUAUCAAGCGCGCGCGCAACAAUGUCCGACGCUGGUAUGCCGAGACCGUGACGAGGAUGCUCCCUCCACUACCUACUGAAGAGUGGGACAAUAUAUAUGCCAUGAUGGUUGGCGACCGAAAGAUUGGUUUAGCCAAACGCAGAGGACACGGUACAGCUCUGAACGCUGAUCCUGUUACAGAAGACGAACUUUUCGCCAGCACGGUAGAAAAGGGCAUUGCAUUAGACAAGCCCAGUAAGGCGGAUAAACCAGCAGGCAUACAACGACCACAUGCUAUUACAACUAGAUUUAUGCAGCGCAUGUAUACCAAGCUUCUCAUGCUCUGUUGUAAGCUCGAGUGGGAUGACGACCAGAAGCGAUGGAAGGCUAUCUGGGGUGAGGCUAUGAAGACCAUCAAACCCAGCCUCUACAACGCUCCCACGGAUGAAAUGCUCUUUGCAGGUGUCGAUGCGACUGGCAAAAUCCCGAGGGCGCCCAAGAAGCAUGCGCUGGCCAAAUCGCUACACGUCCAGCCACGGAACUCAGAGGGCGAAUACAUGCGAUUUCCCUUCUUCGCCGAACAACUCCCUGAAGAUAACCCAAUACGUAAGGAACUCGAUGAGUGGAAGAGGAAGCGUGCUGCUGCUGCUGCGCGAGCAAAGAAGCAGAAGGCGUCAUAA